AUACAGUUCCCAUCAUGCCCUGCGAACCGCACACAGGCUGCAAACUACACAGAUCCUUGUCCUCGACUAACUUCCCUACAAUCAUGUGCGCACGGUCACAUGACUAAGGACUUCGGGAACUGAGAACGACGGGAUGGGCAGCCAAUAGGAGCGUGGAGUGGGCGGAGCUUGUUUGCCUUUAAGAGGUCAGUCGCUUGGUAGCGGGUUAGGCUGAGCCGCUGACGCAGAAGACAGAAUGGUUCCCUCUUGGCCUCUCCUGCUGUUGGCCGCCUCGGCUUUCGCAGUACAUUGCCCUGAUGGGACAACAUGCCAUGAGAACGCUGUGUGCUGUGAGCUGUCUGAUGGAAAAGGCUAUGGGUGCUGCCCAAAGGAUGAGGUCUUGUUGCAGUCCCUCCCAAUGAUCACUGGUGUCUCGUGCUCUGACAAGGGUUGUCCUGAGGAAUAUUCCUGUAUUGACACACCUCAGGGGUCUGCCUGCUGUCCUUUUGCUCAGGGAACAUCUUGCCAAGAUGGACAUCACUGCUGUCCCUCAGGCAGCCAUUGUUCUGAAGAUGGUCACCAGUGUGUCCCAGCUUCAAAUGUUUCAGCUGUAAUCUGUCCCGAUGGAAGAUCAGAGUGUCCGACUGAUGCAACCUGCUGCCUGACGUCUGACCAAGGCUGGGGGUGCUGCCCUAUACCACAGGCUGUAUGCUGUAAUGAUCACAUGCACUGCUGCCCACAUGCCUCCACGUGUGACUUACAGCAUGGCAGAUGUGUCUCUGAGAAUGGAGACGUUCCUCUGUUAAAGAAGGUGCCAGCCAGGGUAAAGCUGACUAGUGCUGAAACUGUCCAGGAAGUCGCUUGUUCUGAUGGAUCCUCCUGUCCUGAUGGCACAACCUGCUGCCAGACAGUGGACAAACGCUAUGGAUGCUGCCCUUUCUUGUCUGCGGUAUGCUGUAAUGACUUCAUCCACUGCUGUCCUUCUGGGACAACCUGUGAUGUCCCUCGUAAGAAGUGUGUGAACGCCAACUUUGAGAUUCCAAUGUACAGCAAGAUCCCAGCUUUACAUGAAGAAGCCAAUGUUCGGUGUGAUGAUACAUCUUCCUGCCCUGGUACUGCCACCUGCUGCCGUCUGCCCUCUGGAGAAUGGGGAUGUUGUCCUUAUGAAAACGCUGUAUGCUGUGAUGACCAUCAGCACUGUUGUCCCAAUGGAUACACCUGUAAUGGUGGACAGUGUCAGAUGGGGGCGCUGUCUGAUCCUUGGUCUAAGAAGAUUCCAGCUAUAAAGCAAGAGGCCACGGUUAGAUGUGACGAUACAUCCUCCUGCCCUGGUACUGCCACCUGCUGCCGCCUGCCUUCUGGAGAGUGGGGCUGUUGUCCUUAUGAAAAGGCUGUAUGCUGUGGUGAUCAUCAGCACUGUUGUCCCAAUGGAUACACCUGUAAUGGGGGAGAGUGUCAGAUGGGGACGCUGUCUGUUCCUUGGUCUGAGAAGAUGCCAGCUAUAAAGCAAGAGGCCACGGUUAGAUGUGACGAUACAUCCUCCUGCCCUGGUACUGCCACCUGCUGCCGCCUGCCUUCUGGAGAGUGGGGCUGUUGUCCUUAUGAAAAGGCUGUAUGCUGUGAUGAUCAUCAGCACUGUUGUCCCAAUGGAUACACCUGUAAUGGGGGAGAGUGUCAGAUGGGGGCGCUGUCUGUUCCUUGGUCUGAGAAGAUGCCAGCUAUAAAGCAAGAGGCCACGGUUAGAUGUGACGAUACAUCCUCCUGCCCUGGUACUGCCACCUGCUGCCGCCUGCCUUCUGGAGAGUGGGGCUGUUGUCCUUAUGAAAAGGCUGUAUGCUGUGAUGAUCAUCAGCACUGUUGUCCCAAUGGAUACACCUGUAAUGGGGGAGAGUGUCAGAUGGGGGUGCUGUCUGUUCCUUGGUCUGAGAAGAUUCCAGCUGUAGAGCAAAAGAGUGCUGAGGUCCAAUGUGAUGAGCAAACAGCUUGUGCUGGCAACACAACUUGCUGCCAACUUACAUCUGGGGAAUGGGGUUGCUGUCCUUACGUACAGGCCACCUGUUGCCCCAGUGGGUUGACAUGUGAUGAGCAGACUACCUGUGUGUUAGGUCAGUUCUUAACCCCAAGGCUUGGCAAGAUCAAUGCACAGGCCCCUGAGGUCAAGUGUGACAAGUCUCACAGCUGUGCCCAGGGUACCACUUGCUGCCGAACAGAGGGUGGAGGCUGGGCAUGCUGCCCCCUGGAGGAGGCUGUGUGUUGUUCAGACCACCUCCACUGCUGUCCUUCUGGCUACACCUGUGACGUGGCAUCAGGUUCUUGCAAUAAACCAUCUAGCACUCUUGAAAAGACUACUCCAGUCAAACCACUGGGCAAUGUGUGGUGUGAUGCAUAUCACUUCUGCGCUGACGGUCAGACUUGUUGCGUAGGUCCUGGUGGUUAUUGGCAGUGCUGUCCUUUUAGUCACGGUGUGUGCUGUCCUGAUAGAGUGCACUGCUGUCCGUAUGGACAUGUGUGUCUAAACUCUGGAUCAUUCUGUAGUCGUACUGGAAGUCUACAGUGGGAUAUGUGGAAAGAGCUGAAGCCUCAUGUGUGAGUCCAGAUAUGUGAAGCCCUUUAAUUUUCUGUAUCACUGCUCCAAACAUUGUCUAAUCCUACAAUCACUGCCGGGAACACUGGAAUAAAAUUUUGUAUUUAAAACAA